CCAUGACACUGUUUUCCUCACUUUUCCCAGAAAAUUCUUCCGAGAAAACCACGCACUUCUUCACUAUAAUGCAUUCACCUCAUUCCCUUCUCAUCUGGGUCAUCAUCUUCAUAAUCUCCUUCUUCAACCUCCAUUUUCCCUCGUUUUCCCACCCUCCAAACAACAAAAACAUAACCCUCUUCGGCGACGCUUUCUUUCGAAAUUCCUCCAUUACUCUCACUCAAGAACUCUCCGCUUGCCUUUCUUCUUCUUCUUCUUCUUCUUCUACUCCUUCUUCCGCUUUCUAUGGCGUCGGAGGAGCUCUCUACGCCAACCCAAUUCGAUUCGUCGACUCUGAAACCAACGACACCGUGUCUUUCUCCUCCGUCUUCUCCUUCUCCAUCUCAACCUCUCCGCUCUGCUCCUCCGGCGACGGCAUCUCCUUCCUCAUAGCUCCGAAUGACGAUUCUUUCAGCUCCUCUAAAGGUCACAUCGGUCUUCCAAGACCGGCUUUCGAUUUUCAAGAUUCGUUCUUUGCUGUAGAGUACGAUACCAGUUUCGACCCUCUGCUCGGAGACAUUAACGGAAACCAUAUCGGGAUCGACCUCAACAGUGUCGUUUCAGUCACCUCCGUCGAUAUCACCCCGAGAGGUGUGGAUUUGACAAGUGGGAAAGUGAUAAGGACUUGGAUUGAGUACAGAAACCCCAUGAAGAUGAUUCGGGUUUGGAUUGGAUACUCUCCCGUACGGCCUCCGAACCCAUCUCUGGUUGCCAGAAUUGAUCUCUCUAGUCUACUCAAGGAGUUUAUGUACGUUGGUUUCUCUAGUUCGAAUGGCCAAGGCUCUGCACUCCAUGUGGUUGAUAAAUGGCGUUUCAAGAUUUUUCAUAGCUCACUUGUUCCUAUGGAUACUGUUGAAGAAGGAGAUUGUUUUAUAUGCUCUCCAGAAGACUCGGUUAUGGAAAAUAACAAUGAGAGUUUCUUUGAUGGAAGUAAACUGAAGGUAGGAGAGAUUGUUCUUGGUGUGGGAGGCUUAUCUGCGUUUGUCGUUUCCAUUUUUGCCAUUGUUGUUGUGAUAAGCUUCAUAAAGAUAAAGAAGAGAAAACUUGUUGCCAAAACCAGAGUGGACAGUUUUGCUAGAAGGAUUCAAACCAAUAGAGUCCCAGCAAGAUUGUCGCUCGAAGAAAUUAAAUCAGCUACGAUGGGUUUCGAUCGAAACCGAAUCGUCGGGGAAGGAGCCUCUGCAACAGUCUAUAAAGGGUCUCUUCCAUAUGGUGAAGUUGCUGUGAAAAGGUUUCAACGAGUUAGUGGGAUUGAUUGUUGGCGCAAUCCUUUCACCACCGAGUUUGCCACAAUGGUCGGUUGCUUAAGGCACAAGAAUCUGAUUCAACUUCAAGGAUGGUGUUGCGAGGGAUCUGAGUUAGUUCUGGUUUAUGAGUACAUGUCAAAUGGAAGCCUUGACAAAGUUCUCCACAAGAAAACUAAGUCGGCCAUAGUCCUUUCAUGGAUGCAGAGACUGAAUAUAGUUCUUGGGGUCGCUUCUGCUCUUGCUUAUCUGCAUGAAGAAUGUGAGAGACAAAUAAUUCAUAGAGAUGUUAAGGCUUGUAACAUUAUGCUAGAUGAAGAGUUCAAUGCCAAACUUGGUGAUUUUGGUCUGGCGGAAGUGUAUGAACACAGUGCUCACACAAGAAACGCCACCAUACCGGCCGGAACAAUGGGAUAUCUUGCUCCCGAAUAUGUCUACUCAGGCGUGCCUACUUCGAAAACGGAUGUGUACAGCUUUGGCGUGGUUGUUUUAGAGUUGGUAACCGGGCGGAGGCCUGUGGAUGAACAUGGAACGGCGGUGGUUGAUUGGGCGUGGGAUAUGUGGCAGAGAGGAAAAUUGAUUGAUGCUGCUGAUGUGAGGCUGAAGGGAAAAGUUAACAGUGAGGAGUUGAUGAGGAUGCUCAUUGUGGGACUUGCUUGUGUGCAUCCAAACCAUGUUAAGAGGCCAACGAUCAACGAAGCUGCCAGGAUUCUCAAAGGGGAAGCACCACUUCCCGUUUUGCCAGCAAGGAAACCAAAGCUCCGGCUUCGACCUGUUAUGCCUGAAUCCUCUGAGGAGGCACCGAGUUAUGAUGGAGACCGCGCUAGGAGUGCUAGUUCUGAUGAUCCACCAUUUUUGACUCCUAGAAGCAAUUUCAGCUAGAACAUGCCACUUUGGAUUUCAAAUGUUGAAAGUCUUUAAUUCUCUUUGUGUUGAUAUAAUCAGUUAGAUCCAAAUAUUAAGAGCUCUCUUGUUUAGCAACUUGCAUAUACACUUAUAACACAUGUGUGUGUGUAUAUAUAUAUAUAUAUGUUGCUGUCAAAUUGGCUGUAAGCUGACUUUUAGAGGAAUUGUCGAAUGUUAUAUACAGAUGAAAAUGAUCAAUGUUUUCACAUGAGAUACCAGUUCAAAUAACAAGACUGCUUUAAUUAUAAUUUAAGCGCAACUUCUGCAAGUAAACGUACCCAAAAAAGCAUAUAAUCCAGCUCCAUAAGAACAAUAUUAUCAAUAUCAAACACAAGAAAAUCCAGCCCAAGGAGGAAGGAGGUCUUGGAUUCAAGAACUUGGAGUUCUUCAGUCAAGCUUUGCUUGCUAAAC